CCCGGAAGGAGGUGGCCACGGGCGAGUUACCUAAGCGUUCCUCGGAGGCGAAGAGCCAUGAGGUGGUGUAACGGUCUCUUCCAGGGUCCUUCCUUCAGCGCCCUUCCCCUGGUCUCAACACCUUGCUUCGGAGGCCUCCCAUUUUAACCCAUUUUAAAGGGGUCCACAUCUUCCUUUCCUUCGCCUAGACUAGAGCGAGUCUGGCUGGACUUUGCCUCCGAAAGUUUCCUCUUUGGCGAGAAGGAGGAUCCAGACUCUGAAAAUGCAAGACGUUCAAGGGAAUCCAAAGCAGCAGUUGAUUUCUGAGCUUCACAAUUUUGCUGCUGUUGGAGACAAGACCAGGCUUGCAGCAUUGCUCAGUCAUUCUCCCUCACUUAUCAAUGAAACUGGGAAGAAUGGUUGGACAGCCCUGAUGUAUGCUACUAGAAAUGGGCACUUUGAGACCGUGCAGGCUCUGCUUGAAAAGGGGUGUGACAAGUCCAUGACCAAUGCAUCCAACCAGACAGCACUGGACAUUGCCAAAUUUUGGGGGUAUAAGAAUAUAGCUAACUUAUUAGCUAAUGUGAAGAGUGGACUGGAGCCAUUUUUCCUGACCAGUGAAAUUGGAGAGCGCGAAAUCUAUUUUUGCAGGACAUUGCUUGAUAGGAAGAGUGAGAAGAGAACAGAUGCUAAAUGGUUGAACAUAAAACAGAAGCAGACAACUACUGUAUACAUCCUUUUUUCAAAUUUAAGUCCAUUAGUUGCAUCAGAUGAUAGGGAAGAUACCUCCCCGUUUCCAAAAGUUAAACUCCAUAAGCUUUCUUACAAGGAUGUAAAGGAAUACCUGGAGCAGCCAGAAACCAUCACGCUGAUUUUUCUUGGAGUAGAACUUCAGGUGAAAGGCAGCUUGCCUCCUACUCUGAAGGGGAAAGAGGCAAGCAAAGGUGAAGAAGAUAGUUUGGUUGCUUGGUUUGCACUCAGUAUGGAUGCUACUGCUGCUGAUAGAUUUCUACAGAAGCAUCAAGAGUGUUAUUUUCUUCAUCCACCUAUGCCUUCCUUGCUGCAGUUGUCUGAAAAUGAAGCUGGAGUCAUCGCCCAGGCUAGAUCUGUCCUGGCAUGGGAUAGCCGGUAUCAGUUCUGCCCAACAUGCGGUAGCGCAACCAAAUUAGAAGAUGGAGGCUACAGGAAAUCCUGCUUAAAGGAAGACUGUCUCAGCCAUCAGGGCAUUCACAACACAUGCUACCCACGAGUCGAUCCCGUAGUGAUAAUGCAAGUUAUUCAUCCAGAUGGUAACCACUGCCUUUUGGGAAGAAAAAAAAGAUUUCCUUCAGGCAUGUUUAGUUGCCUUGCUGGAUUUAUAGAGCCUGGUGAGACAAUUGAAAAUGCUGUUCGAAGAGAAGUAGAGGAGGAAAGUGGAGUUAAAGUGGGCCAUGUUCAGUAUGUCUCUUGUCAACCAUGGCCGAUGCCUUCGUCCCUAAUGAUUGGCUGCAUAGCAGCGGCAGUGUCUACAGAAAUUAAAGUUGACAACAUUGAAAUAGAAGAUGCCCGCUGGUUCAGUAGAGAAGAGGUUUUGGGAAUUCUGAACAAAAGGAACCAGAAUGCGUUCUUUGUGCCACCACAUCAAGCCAUUGCACACCAGUUGAUAAAGCACUGGAUUGGAAUGAACGCUAAUCUUUAAAUCCAGCGAGCUGAUUUAUCUGUCUUGUAUCACUGCUGUAGCUGCUACUGUGUUGGAAUUAAACUAGAUGUAAUUAAUCAUUCAGCAUCACAUGUGACCAUUUUAGGGAUUUUGCAGUACAGUUGUGCAUGUGUACUUUCUUUGAGUACAGAGGUCAUUGCUCCCUGGUAAAACGUGUUAGGAUUGCAACCUCAAUCUUUUAGUCUCCAGAACAUAUUUGUGCAUACGGUUCAGUUCUCAAAUCGCUCAAGGUCUAACAUUGCCUAAAGUCGGGGAUGAGAGAGGACCUUUUCAAAUGUAACUUCCCACCUGAAAGUUGCAUUCACUCCCAACUGGUUACUCUUGAUUUUACAGAGUUUACUUACACCUCUCUGAUUUUAGCUUUCCCGGGCUGUUGCUUCAGGCUAUGAUACACUUACAGCCUAAAUCAUUCUACCUAAAGGCAUUAAGCCAUUUCUCAGAACCAGAGCAGAAGAAAAUAAGCUUUCUCUGGGCUGAAAAAAGGAUUGCAAAGAGCUAAUGCUUUUGUGUACUGGAGCAGGCUCUUGAGCCUAACACGUGGAUACCUGUAUUUCAGGGACUUUUUUUCUUCACAGAAGAGCCAUUAGGAUAGAGGAAGACUGGGAGGGAUAUCUACUAGAAGCAGGUAUUCUAAGGCCUCUGUAUCCCUGAGCCACAGGCUGCUGCAAAAGCCACUUUUAAAUAAUUGGAAGACAAUGCCUUAUGAUUUUUCCACAUAAAUAUAAACCUCUUCAUUCCUAUGAUAGAUCCAGAUGAAACAGUUACCCUGCUGUACUUCGGUUGCCGGAGCCUCAUUUACACAAAUGGUAUACCAAAUCCAAUAGGGACAGUAAGGUUGACAUUUGAGUAAGUGAGGCUAUACAUAACCCCUUGAAUACUCUGCUGAAAGCUUAUGCCGCACUCAAUUUCCUUAUUUGUAGUUUGCCACAAAAGUAUUUGCUGUUGGUGCUUUAUUGUGAUACAGUCUUAUUAAAUAUCUUUUGCCUAA